GUCGCGCCUAUAAAGCCCCACAGCGCCGCCGAACCGCCACAGUCACCAUCGACCAGUCAGCAAGCAUCAUGAACACAUACACCGUGGUCCUCGCCUUCGCCAUGGCUGUAGCGACGAUGGCGGAACCCCCGUCCGGCUACAGCUACAGCAGGCCGGGCGGCGGCGGCGGCGGCAUCUCCUUCGGGGGCGGCCUGGGCGGGGGACUGUCCGGAGGCGGCGGCGGCUACACGGCCGUAUCGUCAGGCUACACCACCUCCGAGGGCGCCUCCGUCGACCCCGCGCUGCUGGAGCAGGUGCGCCAGAUCCUGCUGAAGGAGGAGCAGAGCUCGGGCUCGAUCGGGGGCGGCGGCGGCGGCGGCCACGGGAUCAGCAGCUCGUACGGCGCGCCGGCUCCCACGUACGGAGUGCCCAGCUACCACGCGCGGGUCGUGGGUAUCGACCUUGAGGGCAUCAAGCAAGCCAUCCAGGUGGCGCAAUACAACCAGGUGUCGCACCAGGCCGGAGGGUACCCUAGCAGUACCUACGGAGCGCCCUCGGGCUCCUACGGCGCCCCCUAUUAGCUCCGAGAGCUGCAGAACUGAACUGAGUGUAAAUACACCCUUCCACCACACGGGUCAUGAUGCAUUACAACGUUGCAUUUCUUGUAUAAAGCUUUUUGUAGGUUAUGUUUUAUAAAAAAAUACAUUUGUCACCGUA